AUGCAAGAGAUUGACCAAAGUUCAAGCACAGCAGAUUGUACAGCAAUGGUGUUGCUGAACACAAGGAUCAUGGGGGAUUAUAUGCCGAUUGAGGAGAUGAUCAAACCCAACAGCAAGAUGCCAUGGGGAAAUCGUUUUACAUUCUUGCAAGUACCCAUACCCAAGUUAACUGAACUCUCAAAUGCGGACGACUUUAUCAGGAACACACACAAAAUGAUAAAGAAGAAGAGAAACUCUUUAGCUGUUUAUUUCACUAGUAGGCUAUUGGAGAUUGUGAACAAAUUUGGAAGCCAUGAGGCAUCCAGCAGAUACAUUCAUCGCACAUUGAAGAACUCGAGCCUGGUAAUCUCGAAUAUGAUUGGACCCGUGGAGCAGAUGUCUUUGGCUAAUCAUCCAAUUAAAGGUUUCUACUUUUUGGUUCCUGGUUUACCUCAGGGCUUUGACAUAACCAUUGUAAGUUAUAUGGGAAAGGUGAGAUUAGCCUUCAAGAUGGAAAAAGGUAUCAUAGAUCCGCAGAAGUUAAAGUCAUGCAUGGAAAAUGCCUUGGACAUUAUAGUCAAAGACUCCAACAAGAAUCCGAAGCUCAACAAUUAA